AUGUCAUCAAUCAUCAGAAGACCAAUUAUUUUAGGAUUAUUAUCAGGAUUAGCUGUUCCUCCCUUAGCUACCAAAUUCUUUUUACAACCAUAUAUAAUUGAUUCCAAAUAUAAUGAGAUCGAUGCCCUCAAAUAUGAUUUGGAUACUAUAGGAUGGCAUGUUAGGAACUUGGAGGAAUUCAAAGGUGUGAAGGAAGAAGAUAUUUAUGUACCUGUAUCGUAUUUCCAAGGGAGAUAUUAA